GCAGGCAGGCAGGCACUGCGUGAAAAAUAUUACGAUUAAUAACAAAAGAUUUUCCUCAGAUUUUUAUAUAAAUUUGCGUUAAAAUGGAUGAAAAAUAUGAAAGUGUUAAACUGUGUUAUACAAUACAUAAAUAUUCUAGUUAUACUCCCAAUUAUGUUCCGGAAAACAUUAUGGUAAACAAUCCAUCAGAUCAGCUAUCAAAGUGGUUUACAGAUUGCACGACACCGUACCAAUAUAUUAUGUUAAAGUUAGAAUCUCCAUCAAUAGUGGAAACGAUACAAUUUGGAAAAUAUCUAAAGACUCAAGUCAGUGAUCUUAAGAAAUUCCAGAUUUUUGGUGGGACUGAUGAAAAUAAUCUGUCAUUACUGCUAACAGCUGGGCUAAAGAAAGACAGUUCACCUGAGACAUUUAGGCUGAGACACAAGACAACAGAGGGCUCAUAUUUGCCUGUGAGUUACAUCAAGAUCGUGCCUCUGCAGUCGUGGGGGCCGGCAUACAACUUCUCCAUCUGGUACGUGGAGUUGCAAGGCAAUAAUCAGGAGCAGCUUAUCAAUAGUGCCAUGGAAACCAUUAAUUUGCGUAAAGAAGAAGAAGCGGUGAGAAUGAUAUUGAAGCACUUGCGGCGGCGUCGCUACCGAGACGCCUUCGAGGCGCUCUCCAGAGAAAGUGGCGUGCAGCUAGAGGGUCCGCUACAGGCUCGGCUGUGGAAUGCUCUCGUUGAGAAUGGGGACUACAAACUCGCUGAAGAGAUACUUGAGGAAGCAGUUCAAGAAGGAGAGUUCGACUGGUACGUGUCGUGGCAGCCGUACAAGCCGGUGUGGAGACUGAUGUCGGCGUGCAGCGCGGGCGUGGAGGCGCGCCUGUGCUGCGAGCCCGCGCCGCCGCCGCCGCCCGGCCGCACCGCCGACCUGCUGUGCGCCGACCGCGAGCCACAGGAGGCGGGCGCGGGUGGUCCGGCGUGCGACGCGGCGUACGAGUGCGUGACGGCUUGCAACGCGGCGGCGUGCUGCCGGCCCGGCCCGCGCGGCGGCCACCAGCUCGUGGUCGACGCCACCACAGGAACCCUAUACUUAUUCGGCGGCUGGAACGGCACCGAAGACCUGGACGACCUGUGGGCAUUCGACACCAACACGGAGCGCUGGUCGCUGCUCUGCGAGCACAGCGCGCGCGCCGGCGGCCCGUCGCCGCGCUCCUGCCACAAGAUGGCGCUGGACCCGCUGCGCAGGCGCCUCUACACCGUUGGCCGCUACCUCGACAACGCCCAGCGGAUACCCUCCGAGAUGAACAGUGACUUAUACAUGUACGACAUCACGGCUGGCGAGUGGCAGCUUCUCUGCCGCGACACGGCGGCGGCGGGCGGCCCGCGGCUGGUGUUCGACCACCAGAUGUGCAUCGACCCGGAUGCGCAGACCAUAUACGUGUUUGGCGGUCGAGUGCUGCCUGCUAACACCGAGGAGUCGGCGAGCCCGGUGUACUCAGGGCUGUACGCGUAUUACAUCGCGGCCAACACGUGGCAGGCGCUGCUGGCCGACCACACAGACGGCGCCGUGCCCGCGCCGCUGCCGCGCGUGUCGCACUCCAUGCUGUUCCACCCGGUAAGACACUUGCAGCGAGGAGUCGCGAGCCCGGUGCACUCGGGCUGUAUGUACUACAUCGCGGCCAACACGUGGCAGGCGCUGCUGGCCGACCACACAGACGGCGCCGUGCCCGCGCCGCUGCCGCGCGUGUCGCACUCCAUGCUGUUCCACCCGGUAAGACACUUGCAGCGAGGAGUCGCGAGCCCGGUGCACUCGGGCUGUAUGUACUACAUCGCGGCCAACACGUGGCAGGCGCUGCUGGCCGACCACACAGACGGCGCCGUGCCCGCGCCGCUGCCGCGCGUGUCGCACUCCAUGCUGUUCCACCCGGGCCAAGGCCGUCUCUACAUGUUCGCGGGGCAGCGGAACAAGGAACACCUGGUGGACCUGUGGUGGUGGGACGUGCGCACACAUCGCCGCGAGUGCGUGUGCAGUGCGCCGCCGCGCGCGCCGCCCGCCGCCGGCUUCACGCAGCGAGCGACCAUAGACCCCGACACUGAUGAGAUUUUUGUGCUGUCGGGCAUGAGCAAGGAGAAGGACAAGCGCGUGUACAACACGCUGUGGGUGUUCUCGCUGCGGCGGCGCGCCUGGGCCUGCGUGUACCGCUCCGACGCCGUCGCGCCCGGCCAGCCGCGCCCGCGCUUCGCCCACCAGCUCGUCUACGACCCCGUCAAGAAGCGCGUGUACAACACGCUGUGGGUGUUCUCGCUGCGGCGGCGCGCCUGGGCCUGCGUGUACCGCUCCGACGCCGUCGCGCCCGGCCAGCCGCGCCCGCGCUUCGCCCACCAGCUGGUCUACGACCCCGUCAAGAAGAUCCACUACCUAUUUGGCGGCAACCCCGGCAACCACAGCUGCCCGCGGCUCCGGCUCGACGACCUGUGGUCUCUUCAGCUCACGCGGCCCACCGCCGGCGCAGUAUGGGCCGGCGCGCGCGCCGCCUUGAGGGAGGCGCGGUAUAGAGAACUAGCUGCUUCACCACAGGCUGCGACGUUAGCGCUGCAAUACUUGAGGACUGAGCUGCGUGAUGCGUUGGACCACUCAGACCCUGAACAGUGUAUUGUCACGCGCCCCACCGCCGGCGCCGUCUGGGCCGGCGCGCGCGCCGCCUUGAGAGAAGCGCGCUAUAGAGAGCUGGCUGCGUCACCGCAGGCCGCGACAUUAGCGCUGCAAUACCUGAGGACUGAGCUACGUGAUGCGUUGGACCACUCAGACCCUGAACAGCUCAUGCGUCCCACAGCCGGCGCCGUCUGGGCCGGCGCGCGCACCGCCUUGAGGGAGGCGCGGUAUAGAGAACUAAAGCCUGUGUAUUAUGUCACGUGCCUCAUCGCCGGCGCCGUCUGGGCCGGCGCGCGCGCAGCCUUGAGGGAGGCGCGAUAUAGAGAGCUGGCUGCGUCACCGCAAGCAGUGACUCUAGCCCUGCAGUACCUGAGGACUGAGCUGCGUGAUGCGUUGGACCACUCAGACCCUGAACAGGUGAGAUCUAAACGUCUGAAGUGUAUUAUGUCACGUGCCUCAUCGCCGGCGCCGUCUGGGCCGGCGCGUUCCGCCUUGAGGGAGGCGCGGUAUAGAGAGCUGGCUGCGUCACCACAGGCCGCGACGUUAGCGCUGCAAUACCUGAGGACUGAGCUGCGUGAUGCGUUGGACCACUCCGACCCUGAACAGGUGAGAUCUAAACGUCUGAAGUGUUAUGUCCGCGUCCCACCGCCGGCGCCGUCUGGGCCGGCGCGCGCGCCGCCUUGA